CAAUGGCCCUGGCCCAGGAAGGUAGCACAGUGGAAUCCAAGAUCUACGACACACUCCAGUGGCAGAUCUGGACCCUCCUGCCUGGCUUCUGCACGAGGCCCACGGAUGUGGCUACCUCCUUCAGAGGGCUGGCGCGGACGCUGGGCACAGCCAUCAGCGAGCGCCCGGACCUGAGGGUCACUGUGUGCCAAGCCCUGCGCACCCUCAUCACCAAGGGCUGUGAGGCGGAGGCCGACCGUGCCGAAGUGAGCCGCUUUGCCAAGAACUUUCUGCCGAUCCUCUUCAACCUGUACGGGCAACCCGUGGCCGCCGGGGACACUCCCGCUCCCCGCCGAGCUGUGCUGGAAACCAUCAGAACUUACCUCACCAUAACGGAGACUCAGCUGGUGAAUGGUUUCCUGGAAAAAGCCAGUGAGAAGGUGCUGGACCCUGCCAGCUCUGACUUCACCAGACUGUCUGUCCUGGACCUGGUCGUGGCCCUGGCUCCUCACGCCGACGAAGCCGCCAUCAGCAAGCUGUACGCCACCAUCCGGCCCUACCUGGAGAGCACAGCCCACGGGGUGCAGAAGAAGGCCUACCGGGUGCUGGAGGAGGUGUGUGCCAGCCCCCUGGGCCCAGGGGCCCACUUCGUGCAGAGCCACCUGGACGACCUGAAGAUGACCCUGCUGGACUCGCUGCGGAGCACGGCCUCGCCUGCCAAGAGGCCCCGCUUGAAGUGCCUCAUGCAUAUCGUGAGGAAGCUCUCGGCCGAGCACGAGGACUUCAUCGCUGCCCUUGUCCCGGAGGUGAUCCUGUGCACCAAGGAGGUGUCAGUGGGCGCCCGGAAGAACGCGUUCGCCCUGCUCGUGGAGAUGGGCCUCGCUUUCCUGCAGUUUGGCCCGAACCAGGAAGAGGCCCUGCAGCGCUACCUCGUCCUGAUCUACCCUGGCCUGGUGGGCGGAGUGACCAUGAUCAGUUGUAGCAUCCUGGCUCUGACCCACCUCCUUUUCGAGUUUAAAGGUCUGAUGGGGACCAGCACGGUGGAGCAGCUGCUGGAGAACGUGUGCCUGCUCCUGGCCUCCCGCACCCGCGACGUGGUCAAGUCCGCGCUGGGCUUUAUCAAGGUGGCAGUGGUUGUCAUGGACGUGGCGCACCUGGCCAAGCACUUGCAGCUGGUGAUGGAAGCCAUCGGGAAGCUGUCGGACGACAUGCGGCGGCACUUCCGCAUGAAGCUCCGCAACCUCUUCGCCAAGUUCAUCCGCAAGUUCGGGUUUGAGCUGGUGAAGAGACUGCUGCCCCAGGAGUACCACAGAGUCCUGGUCAACAUCCGGAAGGCCGAGGCCCGGGCCAAGAGGCACCGCGCCCUGAGCCAGGCAGCUGAGGACGAGGGAUUCGAGGAGGAGGAAGAGGAGGAGGAGCCUGCCCCGGGCAAAGGCGACAGCAUCGAGGAAAUCCUGGCUGACUCGGAGGACGAGGAGGACAGUGAGGAGGCGGAGAGGGGCCGUGGCAGAGACCAGAGGAAGCUGGCUCGGCAGAGGAGCCACGCGUGGCUGAAGGAGGGCGGGGCGGACGAGCCCCUCAACUUCCUGGACCCCAAGGUGGCCCAGCGAGUCUUGGCCACGCAGCCCAGGCCGGGCCGGGGCAGGAAGAAGGACCAUGGCUUCAAGAUGAGCUCUGACGGCCGGCUGAUCAUCAGAGAGGAGGCGGACAGCGGCGACAGGGUGGAGGAGGACGACGGCGCCAGAGGUGAGGAUGCAGAGAUGGCCGACCUGAUGGAAGACGCGGGCAUUGGGAGUAGAAAGCGCCAGAAGCUGAAGCCUCCGGGAGAGGCUGAAGAGGAGGAGCUAGAGAUGCCCCCUCAGUACCAAGCUGGAGGCUCCGGCAUCCACCGCCCCAUGGCCAAGAAGGUUGCGCCUGGGGCUGAAUACAAGGCCAAGAAGGCAAGAGGUGACAUGAAGAAGAAAGGCCGCCUCGACCCGUACGCCUACAUCCCCCUCACCCGAGUCAAGCUCAACCGCAGGAAGAAGAUGAAGCUGCAGGGACAGUUCCAAGGCCUGGUGAAGGCUGCCCAGCAAGGGUCCCGGGUGGGACACAAGCUCCGCAGAAAGGACCACCAGCCCUGAGGUCCUUCUGGGCCUUGGCAUCGGCACCAGGGCUCGGGGCUCUGGCGGGUCUGGGCUCGGGGGGCUGUCAGAGCUGGGCCUGGCUCUCAGAGAUGCGCCCCAGUUUCGGAAGCUCCGAGUGGGAACCGCCCUUUGGAGACGUCCCUGGGCGCCGAGGUGGGACUGAGGCUCACGGCCUCUGAGGAGGCCCAGUGGGGGGCCUGGCCUCGGCCCAGAUUGGCCGUGAGCAACCGUGGGCAAUCUUCGUCUCCUCCAGCCGCCUGGAGCCACGUGGCACCCUCAGCCUGGCCGCGGGUAUGUGAGAUGUGCCGUGAGCAGACUUAGAAUAAAUGCGUGUCCCCUGCACUGUC